AUGGCCAAAGGGGCGGCGAUGGGCGGCGAGGCGGUCGCGGCAGAGGUGCGUGCGAGGGUAGGCCGGUGGGAGAGGGGGGAGGCCUCUCCGUCCCGCGAGUGGGAGGAGGAGGGCGGCGAGGAGGAGGGUGCGGCGCCGCCGUCGCGCGGCGGCUUGCAACUCCCUCCUCGGCCCGAGAGGCAGCUCCCCUUUGUGUACGACCCGGCCAAGCUGCCUCCGCUGCCCGUGCUCGACGACCGCGGCGUCGCAAACUGCCCCGAGCAGCACCCCCCCUCCGCGUGGCAGCACCACCCCGCGGAGCUGACGCCCGAGGAGCUGGCGGAGAGGGAGGCGGCGCAGCGGCGCGCGGCCUUCGAGGCCGAGUUCGACCGGCGCGCAAAGCAGCUCGGGGACGCGCCUCCCGAGGCGCGGAAGAUCGUGCCGGGCGAGCCCUUCUCGCCGCUCGAGCAGCUCAUGGCGGUGCUGCCGCCCCGCUCGGCGGCGCACGCCCUGCCCUCCGUCUACGCGCAGCUGAUGGAGCCGGGCUCGCCGCUCGCCCACCUCUACCCGCUCGACUUUCGGCAGGACCUGAACGGCGCGCCCUCGCGGGGGGCGGAGGGCGGGCCCUAA